AAUUUAUAUAAAAAAAUAACAGUUACUACAAAACAAAUAAAGUGCUCGAUAAAUCAUUGUGCAGUCAUUGACCUAAUGGAAGUGCAGCCUUUCCCAUGGUCUUGCACACGGAGGACGGAGAAGGUGGAUGGAUUUGAGCUCUCGCCUUCUGAUUCGGAGGAAGUUCAUGUGCUGGCUGUUGAUGAUAGCCUCGUUGAUCGGAAAGUUAUUGAAAGGUUGCUCAGAAUUUCUUCUUGUAAAGUGACGGCAGUGGAUAGUGGCCGGAGAGCUCUGCAAUUUCUCGGAUUGGAUGAGGAAAAGAGCAAUACCGGUUUUCAGGAUUUGAAGGUGGAUCUUAUCAUAACUGAUUACUGCAUGCCUGGAAUGACUGGUUACGAAUUGCUUAAGAAAAUUAAGGAAUCAUCUGCUUUUCGGGAAACUCCGGUGGUUAUCAUGUCAUCGGAGAAUGUUUUAGCGAGAAUCGACAGGUGUUUAGAGGAAGGUGCGGAGGACUUCAUAGUGAAGCCGGUGAAAUUAUCUGACGUGAAACGGCUAAAAGACUACAUGACGAGAGAGGUCAGAGACAGAGGAGUCAUCGGAAACAGAGAGAAAGGAAUCAAUAAAAGAAAGCAACGAGAUUGCAGCGACGAUCUCUCGUCACCACCAUCGUCACCACCGUCCGUUUCAUCAUCACCAUCAUCUUCGUCAUCUCCACCGUCAGCGUCCCCAUCACCUUCGCCAUCACCGUCAAUUCUAUCAUCAUCGGCGCCGUGUUCCGUCUCAAUUUUAGAUUCCCCCACCCGACGACUCAAAAUGAUCAACUCCGAUCGGUCCCCUUCCAUUUAGAAAAAAAAAAAAAAAAAAAACCCCUAAAAUUACGCGAAUUAUCCGUUAAAAUUUUUUUUAACGGUUUUUGUUGCAAAACUUAUGUAAUGUUUUUUUUUUCGUUGUUUAUUUUAUUGUAGUGAUCAAUGGGUUACAACUUACAAAAUCUUAAUACUAAUUAAAGUAAUAGAUUUUGUUGGAUUGGAUUUACAAAUCCAGCUCGGAAAAAUUAGAUUGUGGGUUUUAAAUUUUGAUUGGAGUAUUUGGAUUAUUGGGUGGGGAGGUGAUGGAGGGUGGGCAUGAUCUUAAUGUCUGCUUUGGAGAUCAGAGAAUAUUUGGAAAGUGUUGGAAAUGGGGAUGGGAGAUGUUCCCUAAUGGAGGGACUUGGUGGGUGUGGGGAGGUGCAAUUGUGGCCUAGUUGUCCCUUGCGUUGGACGUGCAUAAGUGCAUUGCUGGCAAAGGGUUACUUACCCUACAAUUGUUGGGCAUAACCGAUCCUAGAAAGAUACGUGGACCCAACAAUACCUCAUAGAGAUUAGGCUUGGUCAUUCUCCCUUCCCUCUUUUCAAUCAUCAUGCGCCCGUUUCUUGUUUGUUUUUAACGGUCUACCCUCCGUUACAAAAGUUAAAAGAGAGAUUGGUGUUGUUAACUACUUAAAUGGACUUUGUUUG